AUGAAGCAUCUCAUCGUACUCUCGUCGCUCGUUCCCUUUGUGUUUGGCGCUGUCUUCACUGUCGGUGUUGGCAAGGACGAAACUACGGGCAAGAAAGGCCUCGGAUUUGACCCGUCGUCGAUCCACCCCGCCGCCGGUGACACCAUUGUGUUUGAGUUCCGCAGUGGCAGCCACUCCGUCCUUCAGUCGACAUUCACGAGUCCCUGCACUUCGAAUGGCGGCUUCAACUCUGGCGUGAAGACCGUGGACGACAACCUCGAAGUUGACGCCCCUGGCCUCCCCACCGUCUCCCUCCUCGUCAACGACACCCAGCCGCUUUGGUUCUUCGAUGAUGCCGGUGGCCUCUGCAACAAAGGCGCUGUCUUGUCGGUGAAUCCGACCCAAACACAAAGCGACGCCCAGUUCAAGGCCAAUUCCCUCACCGCCCCCAACUCUGGCUCUGGCUCUGGCUCUGGCUCGCAAUCCUCCGCACCGGCACCAUCUGGCCCGUCUGGCUCCGCAUCUGGCAACCCCCAGUCCACAGCUUCUGGCGGCUCGGCCCCCAGUGGUCAGCCAUCUUCGCCGGCCCAAAGCCCAGCGCCAAACGGAGCAGCCGCCACAGGAUCUCUCUUCGUAUUGUACCUCGCCUGUGUGGGACUAUUGUCAGCUCUAUUUUUGUGA